UUUGUUCCGCUGAUUUCCAGGAGGAAGUCGCUGCCGUGACCCGCACCGGCCCAGGCGCAAUAAAGCACCGGUGCAAUUGAAUAAUGUAACCAACAUGUCUUCGCAUUCCUUGUUGUCUGAGAGAAUUGCUGUUGCAAAGGAGCUAAUAAAAAGAGCAGAAGCCCUUUCCAGGUCCCGGAAGGGUGGUGUAGAAGGUGGAGCAAAGCUGUGUACAAAAUUAAAAGCAGAGUUAAAAUUCUUGCACAAGGUGGAGGCUGGUAAGGUGGCCAUCAAAGAGUCUCAUCUGCAGAGUACGAAUCUCACUCACCUGAAAGCCAUCCUCGAGACAGCAGAGAACCUGGAGGCAGUUGUCGGCAUCCUCCACGUCUUUCCCUAUGAGGACAACUUUGGGGAAAAGCAAAGCUUGGUGGUGGAUGUCAUUGCAAACAAUGGCCACACCUGGGUGAAGGCAGUGGGUCGAAAAGCCGAAGCCUUGCAUAACAUCUGGUUGGGUAGGGGCCAGUAUGGAGACAAGAGCGUCAUUGAGCAGGCAGAAGACUUCCUACAAGCGAGUCGCCAGCAGCCUGUGCAAUACAGCAACCCGCAUAUUAUCUUUGCUUUCUACAAUGGGGUGUCCUGUCCCAUGGCAGAGAGGCUGAAAGAGAUGGGCAUAUCUGUGCGUGGAGACAUAGUCGCUGUGAACGUCCUGAAGGAGCCCACUGACAAAGACCAUCCGUUAAGUUCUAGCGAUUCUGAUGAAGAAAGCGGUGAGCACUUGUGCGUGACUAAAGUGGACCGGGCCAAUCUGGUCGCCAGUGUUGCUUUUCCUACUGAAAUCAGGGUAGACUUGUGCAACAGAGUUAACUUGGAUAUUACCACUUUGAUUACAUACGUUUCAGCCCUCAGCUACGGAGGCUGCUACUUGGUCUUCAAGGAGAAAGUCUUAACAGAGCAAGCUGCGCAGGAGAGAGAGGAGAGUGUCCUCCCGUCCCUGGAGGAAUUCAUGAAGGGCAAGGAGCUGUUUGCGUGUGAGUCUGCAGUCAAAGACUUCCAAGUCAUUUUAGAAACUUUGGGAGGGCCUGGGGAGAAAAACAGGGCCGAAUUACUCCUGGAAAGGAUCAGUGUGGUACCCGAUCAACCUUCCGAACGUGCCUUACGACUAGUCCUCAGUUCCAAAAUCAAUAGUCGCUCACUAACCAUCUUUGGGACGGGUGAUACUUUGAAGGCCAUCACCAUGACUGCAAAUAGUGGCUUUGUUAGGGCAGCUGCAAACCAAGGAGUUAAGUUCAGUGUGUUCAUUCAUCAGCCAAGGGCCCUGACAGAAAGCAAAGAGUCUGCUGCUGUGCCUUUACCGAAGCCCUGAAUCCUAGUGCCGCAAUCCAAUUGUCGGUGGCUAUUAAAACUACGUACUCCAAUGG